AGAAAAAAUUUGUCAAAAAUUUAAGAUGAGUGUUGCCAAUUGUUUAGUGAACUCAAGGGGCUCAAAGAAAACUAUAUUUCUUCUGCUUUCUGCUGGAUCAGUACUUCUGUUAAUAUUGACAGUACAUUCAUUCGGAGGAUGGCCAAAGCCGAAAGUGUUUAGCACCUGGAGCGUUUAUCCUCUUGGCAAUAAGCGAAACCUAAGGGAAAAAGUGGAACCUGUUCGCCAUAGUAAUAAAACGACUUUCACGCCUAGAAUUAUGCUCGCAAAUUCGCCUGUAAGUUUAACACAAAAAAUUGCUACGCAAUCGACGAAAACAAAUUCCGAAAAAAAUGAAAUGAAAGGUGUCAGGAAAGAUUACAAUAAAGAGCGCGCACGGUUGUACCAUGUGUUGAACGCAAGAUCGCCAGUAAAGCAAGUAAAGUGCAGUGCUCUGAUACAAGACGACGCCGAUGAACAAAGGCGGGUACGUGAUCUCAUGUUGAAUAGACCCCGAAUUUCUCUGUCUGGUCAGGAUUACAUCAAGCUUACGAGUGACUGCACACAUUUCAAGCUCUUUAGGGGCUACAUAACAGAUCACCUAAGCACAGAGGAAAUGAACUUCCCCAUCGCCUUUAGCAUUAUCAUGUACAAAGACAUUGAACAAACGGAGAGGUUGCUCAGAGCCAUUUACCAGCCUCAGAAUUACUACUGUAUCCACGUGGACGGAAAGUCAGAGGACUCCAUUAAAAACGGGAUGAAAGCCGUGGCGAAGUGUUUUGACAACGUAUUUCUUGUGGAGAAACCAGUUGCUGUAGUGUGGGGAAAAUUUACGGUCCUAGAAGCGGAACUUCUCUGCAUGAAGGAAUUAUGGGCGUACCAAAAAUGGAAAUACUUCAUAAAUCUGACGGGACAGGAAUUUCCUUUGAAGACCAACUUUGAGCUUGUGAAAAUUCUAAAGGCUUAUAAUGGUUCCAACAAUCUAGAAGGCACGCGGGAAAGUGCAAACAAGGAUCGCUGGAUCCAGGCGGGACCGCCGCCCCACGGCAUCAUACCUACGAAGGGUUCCGUUCACAUCGCAGCCUCUAGGGGAUUUGUUGGCUUUCUCCUGAAAAACCAGAUUGCCCUGGAUUUUCUCGAAUGGGUAAAGAAGACGUCAAUACCCGAUGAAACAUUCUUCUCCACAUUAAACCACAAUCCUCAUCUCGGUGUCCCAGGGUCUUACAAAGGUCGCCCAGAAACCGACCUGACUUCCUACCACUUUCUGACCCGCUACAAAAUUUGGGAUGGUGGCAUGUUCAGCAGGCCGUGUAAGGGUAAAUAUCACAACAGCAUUUGUAUUUUUGGCACAGAUGAUUUACCCAGUCUCACUUUACAGCCACAUCUGUUCGCCAAUAAAUUCCACUGGGACUUUCAGCCGUACGCAUGGGAUUGUCUGGAGGAAUGGCACUUUAACAAAACACGGGACGGUUUUCUCCACAAAACAGACUUCGACGUAUCUUACUACAAAACCUUGAGCUUUGUAAAAAACAAAGUUAUAUGAGAAGAAAUACCUGUAUUCUAGAUAAGCUAUUUUGAAAACAAGGUCCCUCGCCUGAACUUUUUAAAAGUGUAUCCCAUGACAUUGUUUGAGUGUGUCUGUACAUUAACUGUGAAAACAAUACAGUAUUUUAAGUGAUUCUAAACCAUUACCGUCUA